AUGAUCGUACCUGAUAUGAGUGAAAGAGAUAGAGGAUGUUCGAGGACACAUCGGGAGAAAGGACUAUCGCGCACGCUACGUAAAUGGAUGGUUGCGGUGAGGAAGUUCACGCAUGAGGCAUUGAACAACAUAGACGACAGGGAUAGAGGUGAAGAUAGAAUCAAUGGGUUGUUUCAUGGGGAGCUUGCGCCUCUGAAGAGUGUGGCUAGCGUGGAUAGAGAGAGUGGUACUUCAGUGACGCCGGUUGGCGCUUCUGAGAUGAGAUUGACGACCGAGACCGAGGAAUCGUUGGCAGAAAAUAGCACGCAGGCGAAUGGAGGAGCUGGCGAGGGGACCGACGACCGCUCGCCGCAAGAUGAUGAGCUAGAUCACGAGACCGACUCAUUUGAACGAUUUGACACCUAUGCUGAGUAUGUCAAGCUGCGAAACGAGUCCCGCGAACCGUUUUGCAGGGGGCCCGAGCUUUGGGAACGCAGAAGAGCUCUCUGGUUGCGCCCGGCGGCGAGCCAGGCGGAGGAAACUGCACAGCAAUCGCGCCGGGAGCUCUUUGCCACGAUACCUCAAGCAUAUCAUACAAGGAUAUUCAAGAAGUUAGUCAUGGACAACAAACCGCUACGGGAGCCGAUGAAUCUGCAGGAUGCAAUACAGAUUAUCAACGCUGGCUGGAUAGAGACUAGGAAAUGGGAGAACGCUGCUAAAGGAUUGGCUUAA